UUUAUGUAAGAGGUGAAAAAGAAUUAAUAAGAGUGCACAAUGAUCAAAAGUGGACGAAUUGUAUUUUACAUGAUGAUAAUUUCGAGUGCAAAAUUACUUCUAAAGUUGAUGAACUAUAUUUGCUGAAGUCUAUUUGAUUGUUUUCCGAUUGGCAGGCCUUUGAAGUUUUUUUAAGCCAAUUUUCCAUCUUCUUUAACAGAUCUUUUUCAACCUGAGAAAGAUGCAAUAUUUAUGUUCAUAUAUGUACUAACUAGAGGGGUUGCUCUGAUGGUAAGCAACUCCCACUUCCAACCGAGAGGUUAUGAGUUCGAGUCUCCCCAAGAGCAAGGUAGGAAGUUCCUUGGAGGGAAGUAAGCUGGAAGUCUAUUUGGAAUGUACUAACUAGCUAGAGAAGACUUGUCAAAAUUUUUAAGAACUUAAAAGGAAGGGAAGGAAGCUACUUCGGCACUGCCUAGUGAAAAUUACAAUCAUGGAAAGAGGAAAAGGAAAUGAAGGAGAAAGAGAGAACUCAUCGGUGUCAUCUGCUGUAUUUAGAAAGGACAUUGUGAAUCUUCGAAAUUUCAUAGGGAGGUUAAAGAAUGAGGAAGAUCAAAUUGCUCUUGACAUGGAUCAAGUUGAAGCGCUGAAAUUGGUGGUGACAUUAAUGUGGACAUUUCUCCAGCUUUCUUCUUCUUCCAGUUUGGAUGGUUUUAGUGCCAAAAUAUCAAACAUAACAGGAGAGCUUGAAGAUCUGGUUGAGUCACUCUUCUACAACAGUGGAGAUGACAUCCUAGUUAAAUACGACAUGGAUUGUGUCGUUCCUCGCAUCAUGGAAAAUAUCAGAAGUUGUAUCAACUCGCAACAUUCUCCUAAAUCAAGUGCCACCAUGGCUGAGGAGCAGUUGGUUGAACUUUUGGAUAGCCUCCUCGUGAAUCUCCAUGAUAUAACCAACUUAGCUGUUGGACAAUUUACUCCAUUCAUAACUCAACUUGAGGUUCUUCGGAAUGUGUUUAGCAAUGUAAGGAAUUUUUAUGGGUUGACAGUAAAUGGUUGCGUUGAGCAUGAGAUAAUUGAAUAUAUGUUACCUCAAUUUCAACUUAUGGCUGAGAGAGCAGGACACUUCUUUUUGGUCUGUAUUGUAGAAGAAUUGGAGGGAACACUUGAUGUCAAGCUAGGUCAUCUAUUUGUGAAGAUUAUUCCAAUCGCGCUAGAGGUUAUGCACAUAUGUUCUACAAACUUGAAAGCUUCAAAAUCAACAGAAUUUGGAUGCUUCAUUAAGCAGCUCCUAGAAGCCUCUCCGGCCAUUCUUCGAGAAUAUCUGAUUUAUCUACAAGAGCACAUAGUAAAUGUUAUUAACCCGAGCACUUCAACUCGAAACAUUCAUGUCAUGAUAGAGUUCCUCUUGAUUAUUCUUACUGACAUGCCCAAGGACUUUAUUCGUCAUGACAAACUAUUUGAUCUCUUGGCACGUCUUGGAGCACUUACUAGGGAGGUAUCGAUUCUUGUUCACCGCUUACAAGAGAAAUCAAGAAAUGAAGGGAAUACCAAUGAAACAUAUUGUGGAACUCUAGAUUUGCUGGAAAAUAUUGAACUCCUGAAGGGAGAUUUGAGACAUGUUUACUUGAAAGUCCCAAACUCAUCUAAACUCUGCUUCCCCAUGAGUGAUGGACUGCUAUUCAUGAAUCUUCUACUCAGAAACUUGAAUGCUUUGCUCAAUUCCAAUGCGUAUUCAGUUUCUUUGAUAAAGGAAGAAAUCGAGCUGGUGAAAGAACACCUCGAAUGCAUAAGAUUUUUGUUCGUGAAUGUUGAACAUGAAUUGUGUAAGGAUCAUUGGAUACGUGCUCUGGAUGUGGCAUAUGAGGCGGAACAUUCCAUUAAUUCAAUUCUUGUCAAAGAUCAUGGACUCUUGCAGCUUAUCUUCUUGCUUCCUGACACCAUAGAAAAGAUCAAACUUAUCAAAGAAGAUGUUUUCAAUUUGGUAAAGAAGUCUCCUGAGAACAGGGCCCUCAUUGUUGAAAAAUCUCCCAACAAGCCAGUUGUAAGCAAAUCCUCAAUAGCUAGUCAAGUACUUGUAGGUUUUGAGGAGGAGAGAGACUACAUAAUUAGGAAGCUUAUUUGUGGACCAACGGAUAUAGACGUCAUUUCGAUAGUUGGAAUGCCAGGGCUCGGGAAAACAACUUUGGCUUACCGAGUAUAUAAUGAUAAGUCUGUUAUUAGUCAUUUUGAUAUUCUUGCAUGGUGCACAGUCGACCAAGAACGUAAUGAGAGAAUUUUGUUGCAGAAGAUUUUUAAUCAAGUCACUAAUUCGAAUGAGAAGUUUAGUGAGGAUAUUGAUGUUGUUGAUAAGCUGCGUAAAAAGCUAUAUGGUGGGAGAUACCUUAUUGUUUUGGAUGACUUGUGGGAUACUGCAACAUGGGAUGAGUUAACAAGACCUUUUCCUGAUAUUAAGAAAGGAAGUCGAAUUAUUUUAACAAGUCGAAAAAAGGAAGUUGCUUUGCAUGCAAAACGCCACAGUGAGCCUCUUGAUCUUCGAUUUUUCACAGUAGAUGAAAGUUGGGACUUAAUAAAGAAAAGGGUUUUUGGAGAAGAAAGUUGCCCGAAUGAGCUAUUGGGUGUUGGAAAAGGAAUAGCCCAGAAUUGUCAAGGGCUUCCUUUGGUUGCUGAUCUUAUUGCUGGAGUCCUGGCAAAAAAGGGAAAGAAAAAGACUUUAUGGCUUGAAGUUCUAAAUAAUUUGGAUUCAUUUAUUCUUGAAAAUGAAGUGGAAGUCAUGAAGGUUAUACAAUUAAGUUAUGACCAUUUAGCGGAUCACGUAAAGCCGUGUUUGCUUUUCCUUGGAAGUUAUCCAAAGGACGAAGAAAUUAGUGUCUGUAAGUUGCAAGAUCUAUGGAGUGCAGAAGGAAUUCUGGAGCAGACUGAGAUGAAGAGUGUAAAAGAAGUAAUGGAGGUUUAUUUGGAUAAUUUGAUUUCGAGUAGUUUGGUAAUAGUAAAGAAAAGCAAAUAUGUGCCGAGGACUUGCAAAAUUCAUGAUCUUGUGCAUGAUUUUUGUCAGGUAAAAGCCACAAAGGAAAAGUUCUUCGACUUGAUAAGUUCAAGUGCUCUAUCUUGUGCUUCAGAUCUGAUGCCACGUCGAAUGACCAUUCCUUAUGAUCGUGUCUCUGUUUGUAAGCGUUCUGAUUCUGAAAAGAAAGUGGUUUCUGGGAAAUACCUCCUUUCGUUGAAGGUUGAUUGUGCACUUUGGCGGACUGAUGGUUUUUUGGUGGAUAAAAUAGCCGUCCUAGUUCAGUUAAGAGACUUGAGGCUUCUUAGAGUACUGGACCUGCCUGAAGUAAUUCAUGGAGAACAUUUGCUGAAUGAAAUAGGCCUGCUAGUUCAUUUGAAGUACUUAAACAUUGGGAUGAGAGUUAAAGCUCUCCCUUUGUCAUUGACAAACCUAUGGAAUCUAGAAACUUUGUUGGUGCAAAGCUAUGAUACAACCAUAGUACUACUACCUAGAAUUUGGAAUCUUGCAAAGUUGCAACAUGUGAGCAUCCGCCGUUGUUCUUUCUUUGAUUUGGACACAGGUGAACCAAUACUGUUAGCAGAGGACUCAAAGUUAGACAAGUUGAGAAUAUUAGAUGGGCUCCGACUUUCCUAUUCGAAAGACACAGAGGAUAUUUUGAAAAGGUUUCCCAAGCUGAAACAACUUGUCUGUAAAAUUGUAGAAUCAUGGGAUGCUUCAGCAGAGUGCAAUUGGUUUCCAAAAUUGGAUGUCCUUAACGAACUUGAAGAACUCAAAGCAACGUAUUUAUCGGCCACUGAUUUAUCUUAUCAAGACGGCUCUGGUUCACAUGACAUGUUGCCCUUUUCAGCAAGACAUCUGAGUGAUUUUCGCUUCCCUUUGAGCUUGAAAAAGUUGACAUUGUUAGACUUUAAUCUGACAUCUGAUUCACUGUCAACAAUCGCUAGACUGCCCAUCCUCCAAAAGCUGACUCUGGUGAACACUAUCAUUCAGGAAGAAGAGUGGAAUGUGGGAGAAGACAACACCUUUGAGAAUCUCAAAUAUUUAGGGUUGGUUCAGGUGCGUCUUUCAACAUGGCAGGUUGAAGAGGAAUCCUUUCCCGUGCUUGAGCAAUUACUCCUUAGGGAAUGUAAUAAGCUUGAAGAGAUCCCGUCCAGUUUUGGGGAUAUUGCUUCAUUAAGGAGUAUCGAACUGAUCGAUAGCCCUCAACUUGAAGAUUCCGCUCUAGAGAUUAAGGAAUAUGUUGCAGAUAUGAUGGGAGACGACAGGCUUCAGGUCCAUGUCCAGAGUUAUCGUGAAUAAUCUAGCGUAAAUAAUAACCUGGGAAUACAAUUCAUUUUGGGCCAACACUCACACAUCAGUAUUAGAGGCUAAAGACCCAUUCUCCAGACAGUUAUGCAAUUUUUCAUUUGUUUUCCUCCUCUUUUAUUAUUCUAAUAUGUCGAAUAACAAUAGCUGAUGGUACCAAUACCAAUUGCUAACAGAGGACGUUUGUUCAAGUUCCAAUAUUGAGGUAGGCAAUAUAAAUCC